UGUUUGCGCCGCGUUUCUGCAUCUGUUGUGACUUGGCUGGAGAAAGCCUUUAAAGCAUUCUCAAACAGAAAAGGGACUAUAAAGAUGGAGUAUAUUAAAGAAGAAGACGUGAAGAUUGAAGACGUGAAGAUCGAAGAAACCUUCAUAGUCAAACAAGAAGAUCCUGAGGAACAAACAGGGAAAGAAACCACCUCCAUCCAAAUCAAGGUGAACGUAGUGAGGGGUCUGCUGGAGGAGUACAGCACAUCUCUAUGUCCCUCCACAGGGGCCUGUCCUGCUUUGGAGACUCCUCUGCGCCUUACAGACAGGCACUUCCCAUCUUUAGUACCUCAGACCGUUUCCCAGGGCAGCCGGACUCGACGACACUGCAAGGUCUGCCUCUCUGGGACACGCAAGGACAAGCAGAGACGCCUGACCAAAUACAUGUGCGCGCAGUGCAACACUCCAUUGUGUGUCGUCCCGUGCUUUGAGGAGUACCACACACUGAAGCAUUAUUAAGCGUGUAACAAUAUAAGAAACGUUUCUUUUGUAUUAUACUUUUUUUUUUAGCACGUAUGUACAUAUUUUUCAUUCUCCAUUGUAAGUAAAUUUGAAAUGUUUUGUAAAUUUUGCACAAAAACAGCUUACUACACUUGACAAACAACAAGAUGUGAUUUAUAAACUACAGGAAAUAAAGAAAUGUACUAAAACUUGAA